AUGCUAAAUCCUUUAUUUUCUAUAGCUGAAGAAAUUAAAAUUGUGGCUGAUAUUAAAAAAAGAAAACUAUUUAUAUUAGGUACAGUUCAUUUAGCUGCUGAAUUACUAGAUCCGAAAACUCAAGGCUGUAAACUAAAUAGUAAUGAAAGAAUUGAUGCUUUAGAAUUCAUUUAUGAAUUAGGAAUUUCAAUGGGAGUAAAUAUUAUGGAAGACCUGUCAAAUUAUCAAUCAAAAACUGACAAAUUUGCAAAAAAAUUUAUUUGGGAAAAUUCACUUUUAUCUGAACCCUUAAAAUGGUGGCAGUUUCUCAAUCAUAUAUCACCACUAUCUAAAGUUGCUGUUAGAAUUUUGUCUGCUCCUUGCACUUCAGCUGCUACGGAAAGAACAUUUAGUACAUUUUCUUGGAUACACAAUAAAAAGAGAAAUAAAUUAACUACUGAAAGAGCUUAA